AUGUGGAGACCGACCGAGGUGGAUAAUUCCCGCUCGGCUCCCACUUCCCCCACAAUCCAAAAUAGUCCAGUAUCUUGGGUUACGUCACACCUGGCCUUGGAUGACGAAAUCAACAUCGCCGGCAUUCGAUCGUCAUGGGGAGGUGGUUUUACCAAUGAUGGUAACACUGACAAGUGUGGCCGCGGAUACAAGGUUUUCUGCUGCCCCGAUCCUGAGUAUGAAGAGGUCAUUGACGGAUGUGCCUACGCGGGCUGCAAAAUAUGGCGAGUUAAUAGCGGCAAAGAUUGCCCUAGUGGAAGCACAGAGAUGUUUAACAAAAUCGACACUUGCGGGUACAAGGGUCACAAAUACUGCUAUACGUCUCCAGCCGACCUGCCUGACUGCCAUUGGGUCGGAGGAAGUUCUGGCCAGGACUUCGCAAAUGCCAAGUGCGCCUCCACGGAGCUUGCAGUUGACCGUGCUAGUUACGGUGACUCGAGCUCCUCGUGCGACUGGAGCCGCCAGAAGGUCGCCUGCUGCACAGUCCAGAAGGCUGCACGGGAGCCAGCCAAGUGCGCUGCCGAUCUGUGUACGCUGUUUCCCGGCUGGUGUCCAAGUGAUAGCGAUGAGAUUUCUGUCAGCUACCCCAAACGAGGCGAGCUCAACGUACUGGAAAAGCGUGGGGGUGGCCGAGAAAAAUACACUGUUUUACUGGCCGGUGUGACUAUCGAGGUCAUCGCCGCCGCAUAUCCGCCAAUCGGAAAACUCUUCACGAUCUCCCGAGCCGCUCAAGUUCAACGAUGGGCUUUUUGGAAGAGCAAAGGUUAUUGCAAUGGCGGAAUUCUAUCCGUGCUCUCUCUUCCGACUGGUGAGGUCGCCAGAUCCCUGUACGACGGCUUGAACACGGAGCACGCCAUCGAUAGGCAGGUCAUAACAAAGUUCAUUGAGGCUGUGAUAUCGGGGACUUUGCAAUCCGGUGCCCAGCCAGAUGGUCUCUUACCCAUGUCGGCCACCUGGUGGGCAAAUAAGUGGAAGGAGGUCAAUGCUGUCCUUGCAGGUCUUCCUGUGGUAGGCAGUGAUAAUAAGGGAACCCGGCUACAGACUCCCAAUGACCGAAUCAUGGAAGCUUUCGGGUCGACAUAUAACCCGCACCCACUGCUGACUACUGACGCUGCAAUCAAUGGAGUCAAGGGCGCCCUCAUGGGUCUCGGGCCUCCUUUUAGCACAAAGACUAUUGAAAAAUUGGCAAAUGCCGCUGUCAAUGCCGAUACUGACGAGGCUGUGCAGGAGGUUCUAACAACCAUUCAAGCCGUAAGGCCGCUUUUCCUUCUUACCCGCCCCCCCUUCAACUUCUCUCGCUAA